AUGGUGAAGAAAAAUCCUAGUAUGGGUCGAAAAAAGACGGCGAGUACAAAGAUUCAAACCAAAAGUCAUUUACAAGUUACAUUCUCCAAACGUCGUUCGGGAGUCUUCAAGAAAGCUAGUGAGCUCUGCACGCUUUGUGGGGUUGAGAUUGCCAUGAUCGUCUUCUCCCCUGGCAACAAGGUCUUCUCUUUUGGUCACCCUACAGUUGAGUCUAUUCUUGAUCGCUUUCUUUCUUCAGGAAACCCUCCACCAGAGUACUCCAAGAGACAUGACCAACUUGUUGAAGCCCAUCGGAAUUACAACAUUCAUGAGCUCAACCUUCAUCUCACUGGGAUUCUCAAUCAACUGGAGGCUGAGAAAAAGCAUGGAGAUUCACUUGACCAAAUGAGAAGGGCUAACCAGAGAGAGUACUGGUGGGAAGCACCGGUCGACGAGCUUGGGCUGCAUGAGUUGGAGCAGAUGAGGGUUUCAAUGGAGGAGUUAAAGAAGAGUGUAGCAAAAAAACAAGCCAACAAAACUACUGAGAUGAAUGGUGGCUUUUUGGAGAGCAAGCCUGCUGAGAUUAGUGCUGCUUUGCCUUUCAUCAUCCCCAAUGGCUAUAAUUUUGGUUAUGGACAUCUGCUUUAUUGA